GGAAAAAUUGAAAUAUACUUCACAACUGGAGAACUUAAGAUACGAGUCAUUUAAUUAAGAGCAAUGGAUGAAAACAGCACCUUCCCUCUUGGAAACAUCACAGACUAUAGUUAUUUUUAUGAUAACUGCACAGGUAACUACUGCAACUUUCAAACUAUUGAGAUCUGUGAGGCAGAUAACAGGCAGGAGUUGGCUUGGCAGACCAUCAUGGCUGUACAAGUCACGGUCUUCCUCAUUGCCUUCAUCCUUGGUGUGAUUGGGAAUAGUUUGGUGAUUGCCACAUUCACCAAGUAUCGACGCCUCCGUCUGCGCUGCAUGACCGAUGUUUUCCUGUUCUACCUUGCGGUUUCUGACCUGCUGCUGCUGCUGACUCUUCCACUGCAGACCAGCGAAAUCAUACUCGACACCUGGGUCUUUGGGAACGUGAUGUGCAAGCUUAACGAUGGCCUUUGUGCUAUUAACACUUAUGGUGGCUUGUUGUUGCUAGCCUGCAUCAGUGUAGAUCGCUACAUGCUUGUGGUACGAGCCAGGACUGCUCAGGCGCUACGUACGAGUAUGCUAUACUACAGUAAGUUGUCAGUGAUUGCAGUGGCACUCACCUCCAUCGUCCUCAGCCUGCCAGAGCUCCUGUCCACAUCUGUGAAUCAAAAUACAACAAAGUGCGAGUAUGUAGGGAAUGAAGGUGACAAUGGGAGGGUGAAGGUGUGGACACGUGUGGCAAAGGUAACAGGUUUCUGUGUCCCGUGCAUCGCCAUGCUGGUGUGUUACAGCAACAUCGGUCACGUCCUGAUGCAGGGCAGAGGGAAAUGCUUCCGUAGGCAGAAGACACUGCGACUCAUAGUAGCACUGAUAGUACUCUUCCUGCUCUUCCAGAUGCCGUACGCUAUAGUGCUAAUUCUCAGAUUGUUCAUAUCUGAUUAUUCAUGUCAACUAUGGGCUGACAUUCACCUGGCUGAAGAUGUCACACGCAGUCUUGCUUACGUCCGCUGCUGCCUCAACCCCCUGCUCUAUGCCCUUGUGGGAGUAAGAUUUCGCAAUGACGUGAGGAAGUUGCUGCAUGAUUGUGGCUGCAUCUUUUCUUGUCUGUCACAUGUGACACCUAACCUGGACUAUGGAAGCUCGAUGACUCCCUCAUCACCUGCUCCUACUACAUCCAUCAUGCCCUUUUCGGAUGUUAAUUCACCUAAAAUCGUACCCGACACUGACAAGAUCGAAAAUCCUGUAGGUAUCCCACAGUCUGGGGUCAAAGAAUCAAAUUCACGUUACAUAGUUUUCAUUUUUCCCGACUCACAAACACGUGAGGACACAUAAAGCUUUUCAACCUGCUAAUGAAGAAAUUCUGACCAUAUACAACUUUUUACACAAUAUAUGUAAACAUUCAAAGAUGCUCUCAUAGGAAAAUCAACAACGGGGUGUCAUUACUGUUACCAACCAAUUUUCUAACUUUAUCACUGCAUGUCUGGGGAGGUGUUUUAUACAACAGCAAUGUGUCACGACAAGUAAUUUCUUAUAGAAUCCAAAUUAUUUUACAAAAGCUUUCAACUAUCCUUCUUGCAUUAGCUUGUAUAAGAAACUGAAAAGCAUUUUUAUCUUUCAAUCACCAAGACUUUGGUGGAAAACUCUGAUAAGUCAUGUACUGACACUGGAGCCCAGUCAUGUUAAAUCUCAGCUUACAGAAAAAAGUAAUAAUUCACAUUAUUUGCCUUACAUAUAAUUAUACAAGUUUAUUUAUAGGUUGUUGCUGUAGAAAGAAUAAGCUGUUUUAGGAAAUUAAUCAGCACUUUUAGACCAAUCAAAGACUCAACAUCACUAUAGUAUAUAACUGUAACUGUAGUGCUUUUAUUUCUUUAUAAAUGGAAAACUGUGUUGUAAAAAGAUCUAGUUAUCUAUUCUACAUUUCAGCCUUGUCUGUAAUAUUUAAUUGUAAUUUUUUUUUAGUAUCUUAGUGUCAAAUCUUGAAUAGAUAGUACUACUAUUGCUGUUACUUACGAAUUCUGUUAUAAUUCAGAUUGAAUGUUGAAUGUGAUGCUUGUAACUGCUUCUGAAAUGAGUUUAAAAGAAUUAAACCUACAU